GUGAAGAAAAAUUAAAAGAAAAACGCGGGCGGCAAAAAAUAGAAAACAAAUAAAAAAGAAAAAAAAUCAAUUUUAGUAGUAGAUAAAUAUUUAUACGUGUUCAUGUUGAGUGCGGUAAUUGUUCAUUGAAUAACAACGUGAUAGAUUGAUAGAGUAUUUGAUUUUCUAUAAUUUCAAUUUUUUUUUUUUGUACCACUGUAUGUGUAUUUUUGUGUGUAAGUUAGUCUCUGUUUCGAAUUGAAAUUGCUGUUAAACGAAGUGAAACAGAAAAUCAAAUUGCGAAUUAAAUGGACGUACAAAAAUAGUUGAACAAAACGAAGAAAACUAUUGAAUUUAAAGCCGGCGUCGCAAUAAACGAACGACGAGGACAAAAUCUAAAUAUCACGAAAGAAGACGCUGCAAAGAAAGAAAGAGAAAAAAAAACACAAGAACAACACACAAAACGAAGAACGAUAUUACAUUUAUUGAUGAUUAAUUUUGCCUGCUUAGGAUUUUUAAAUACGACGCACAACAAUUGAACGAGCGACCGAGUUCAAAUGAUCGGAUUAACAAACAGCGAGUCUAUGUGAAUGAAGUAAACAAACAAAACGCGCGCGCGCAUUAGUAACAAAACUAACAACAUCAUUGUAAACGAGUAGUACACACGGCCCCGGCGGUGCAAAUACUGAUUCGGCAAUAAUAGAUAAGAUAACGCAAAAAACAACUGCAAUCAUUCGUGUUACCGAAUGCACCAAAGCAAUAAACGCUAAGAUUUUUUUUUUGUUCAUUGAUUUGAAUCUGUACUUGUGUACGAAAACAAAAGAAAAUUCACAUUUUUCGGCCAUUGCCAACGUCAAUCUCAUCAACAUUCAUUUGAAUUGACUACGGACCACGAACAACUGGAACAAGGCGGCACAUUUGGUCUGAACACACGCUGUCAAAAUGGUGUUAUACAUAUUUCACGUGAACAGCGGCACAAUGCUGACGUUCGACAUGGAAAUGGCACUACAAACGGUUCAAAAUCUUAAAGAGACAAUCGACCGAUUGUAUUCAAUACCAUCUACAAAACAAGUCCUAAUGAUUAGCGGCGGUGAGGUAUUAAAUCCAAUGUCGCGUGUAUGCAGCUAUCCAUCUGGUACCGAUGAAAAUCCUAUUUAUAUGUUUUGCACAUAUUUCGAUAGUUCAAAAUUAACGCAGCCAUGGCCAAGCGAGUGUCGCAUUAAAUACGAAGACGAGGUGAGCAAAUGUUUAAAGAUGCCAGCUGAAUAUAAUACCGUUGUGAUUCGAGCGAAAUUAGCUCAAAAAAUGUACGAUAGUGCCACCAAAGAGAUAAAAGAAUGCGAAAGACAUGUGUUUGAUCAGCAUUUACAACAACAAGGUUGGGCCGCUGUUAUGGCAAAUCUAGAAGAUCUAACAAAUGAAUUCAAACAACGUAGUCAAAUGAUAUUAAAUACAAUCAACGACUAUCUGGAAAAGCGGCCAAAAUAUUUGGAUUUAUUAAAUUCAUUUCCGGCGGAUCUAGUUGAAUUGUCAACGGUGCCCAUUUUAAGUGAAUUGUUGCCGUGUGCACAACACGAUUUUCAUGGAUUCGAUGAGAUUUUCCAUGAUACCGUCUCGUAUACGGGAUCAACGAGUGCCGAUAGUGGAACAAGUGUCGGUGGCAGCAGUAGCAAUAGUCGAAAUCGUGAAUCACUUAGCGGAUGUGACAGUGGAGGUGUUGGCGAUUCAUCUAGUCAAACACAAGGACAAAUAGAUACAGUUAUUUCAACUGAUAAAACAUCAGCAGCAGCAGCAGCAGCAGCAACAACAACAACAACAAUACAAGACAAAACAUCCGUAGAUUCACACAAUAACGAAGCGCCGAAAAGCCGAACACUUACACUUUUACAAUGGAUUUCAUCGAAAGAAAAUCACAAAGCAUUAGACGAAAUGGCCAAACAUUGUGGAAAGGUUCUAACGAAAUUCGAUGAAAAUUCCAUUCAAAAAGUUAAAGAAGGCAUCAAACGAACCAUAGAUAUUGCCGAACAGGUAAUUAUUGAUAGUUUGGAAAGUGUACGUGAAGUUGGUGGCUUAACAAAACGACUGGAAUUACUCGAUACGACGAUGUGUGAAGCUCGUAAAUUGGUUCAGGAUCAAAAGGAACUGUCAACGGCAUUUCAACAGAAUCAAACACGUGCCAAUCAUUUGGGCGACGCAUCAAUUCUACCCGAUCUCUGCUUAUCUCAUUCCAAUCAAUUGAGCGUUAUGCUUCUGAAUCACAAUAAACUUUUAGAUUUUGAAAAGCGAAUUUUUAAAGCGAAAGAAGAAUUGGCCGAAAAUUUGAACAAACGCUUGGAUUAUGUGGCCAAAAUUGAGAAUUCAAUCAGUGAUUUGGAUUGCAAUUUACUGUUACACCAUGAAAAUUUCAAACGAUUGAAAAAUCAUAUGAUGAUUAUUGAACAAAUUCAUGAAGCACCAACCACCUAUGUAACGGCUGUGACUGAAAUUGUACGCCGCAAACUAUUUUCAGAUGCUAUGCUUAAAUGGGCUGCUGAGCUUUCAUCAAAUAUGUUUGUCAUUCAUGAUGAAGAACGUUCACGUCGAGAAGAAUUUGAAAAUACAUUCGAUCAACAUUUUUUAAAUGCAUUAUUUUUGGGUCUCGAAGAUGAACCACCAACGUUUGCAACACAAGCACCAGCCAUAUUUGACAAUCGGUUACCUAAUUUGACCAAAGCAGAUUUACAAUAUCUGAAGGAAGCCAUUCCAGAUAUAGCUUCAAAAAUAGAAUUGCCUGAUUUGAAGUUUGCGUUAGACUUUUUUUCCACACGCUAUGGUAGCAGCAAAGACUCGUUAAUGGACAAAAAAAGUACCGACGAUGUCAAAUUGAUAGCAAAUAAAUUGUUAGAUAUUCGCACCUUCAAAGAUGGUUGUGAAUCGGAAACGGAUACCGAAGAAUUUGAAAAAGUUGGCCAAAGUCCGAUCGAUCGACGAAAAUUGGCUGAUGGCAGAAGUGAAACUGUCUCAAAACCCGAAUCAGUUGAAAUGGCCACAUCCACUAACCAAGUUGAAACAGUAUCCAUAGAAACAUUGACAGAGGAUAAUGCUGGAACAGCGCAGAUUGAAAUAGAACGUUUAAAAACACUUCUCGUUGCGAUGGCACAAAUAUCACGUAACUCAAUCGAAUUACUACGAAAGCAACUGGUUGAGCUCCGUGAUGGAGUAAACUGUGAUAAGAACGAUGUAGCUGUUGAGUUUAAAAAGAUCGAAACGAUGUGGUCAAAUCUGAAAGAAGGAACUGAAACGAAUGAACGUGAGAUCAUCAAUCGUUUGACGGUAGAUCAUGAAUUGGAAUUAACUGACGUACGAAAACUAUUGACAAUGAAAACGGACGAAGUGGUCGAUUUGAAGGCAGAGAAUUCAAAACUUUUGGAAAAAUUGGCAAACAGUGAAUUGGAAACGGAAACAUCAAAAACACGUAGUUCGAAUGAAAUUGAUGCACUCAAGGCGCGCAUUGCACAACUCGAAGAUCGGGUUAAGGGUCACGAAACUGAAAAAACAAAGGCUGUGAAUGAAAUAAAAGAUAGACUGAUUCGUGAGCAUAAAACCGAAAUUGAGUCGUUGCGAUGCCGUUAUAAGCUGAUGAAAAAUGUCGAUCGAACACCAUCCGAUACAAGUCUCGAACGUGUCGAACGUCCUGAGCUUCAAGCCUGCUCACCGACAUCUAGUCAGAGCUUGUAUCGUCGAAUCUUAGAUGAAAAAGAACGACAAUUGGACGCAGCCAAUUCACAGGUCGAUGUGUUGAGCAAACAAAAUGAUGAACUUAAACGCACCAUACAAAAUUUAACCGAAGGUGAAACACUCGAGAGCGUCGAUCAAAUGAAAAUUCAAAUCGAUACAUUGCAAAAGGAAAAAUACAAAUUACGUCAGAAAUUGCACUAUGAACGAUCGAAGAAUAUCGAUUUGGUUCCAGCUGGAGCAUCAACAAGCGAUCCAGCAUCAUCAACUCUAACGAAAUCAUUAUAUCGUGCUCGUUUAUGCACAAAGCAUUGCAUCUCAGUUAGCUUAUGUGAAGUCGGUGUAAAUGUGCUUAUCAUAUUUAACGAACAACUGUCUCGAUUUGUCAUUGUACAAGAUUCACCAAUCAUUCAUUUCUUAGAGGAAGAUAGUCAUACAUUCUUCAAUCUUCCUGUGCCAACACGAAACGAGGAAAAGUUUGAAAAUGUUCAAAAAGCACCAUACUAUAUUGGUGUGGUCACUGAAAAACAAUUCUGUUUGGUUAAACGCGAAGGAACGCGCUAUCGUGUACCAAUCGGCACUCGAUUCUAUCGAAUAAAGGUGCGACCAUUGCCACCAAAUAGUCGUACCAGUUCCAUAUCGGAGAAUGAACAAGGCACACAAAGUGCUCGUAAAAGUUCCGUAUCCGAAUCGAUCGCACCAAGUUCAUCACAAGACACAGUAGCUGCAGCUGCCGCCGCAUUGAGCACAUCGAAAAUUACCACUGAUUUCUGUCGCCCAAAUCCACCGGUAGUUCGUUCGUUGAGUGCUCAGUUCACCGAUUCGUUUGCACAAACUGAAUCGACCGAUGUUGCUAUCACCGAAACAACGGAAAUUCCAAAAAUUGUAGAAAAGGAUAUGGUGGACUCAGGUGUGGUGGACAAAGGUGAACGGAUCAGCCCAAGUGGUUCUGUGUCAACAUCAUUUGUUGGACGUUUACGUUAUGCAAGCGUUGGAGAAGAUGAAGCAAUCAUCGUUGACAACGUUGACAAUGUACCAUCAUCACAAGAGAAUUGGAUCGUCGAGGCAGGAAGCGGCGGCAUUGGAUUUUUUACAUUAAUCGAACCACUCAUAACACCACUACAAAAUUUAUUGGAGAAAUAAAGUAUACACAUGCUAUAAGAUCUGUAGCUGAUUACAUCAAUGUGAGUGUCAUCUUCAGCGCAACAAUUGUUCGUCAUAAUUUUAGUGAGUUAAAAAAUAUGUGUUGUGUGUGUGCGCCACUUUUUAUAUCCUUCAUAUGUUUUGCGAUAUUUGGCUUUAUGCAAACGAAAUUACCCAUUUUUAAUCGAAAAAAAAAGUAUCAUAAAAAUGUUGGGCGUCUUUGAAAAAAGAAAAAACGAAAAUAAACCAAAUCGUUACUGUUUGAUAUUUUUCACACACACUGUUAAAAUUGUUCUCGCGUGAUUUUUUUUUCUGUUAAAACUGUUGAAAUAUAGAGAUUAGUAUAUGCACCAAGAAAUAAAAUUGAAUGUUAUUAGUUAUUUUCUUUUUAAGUAUUUUAUCGUCGAAAAAAAGAAUUGAUAAAACAAUAUUUAAACUUCAAUCUGAAAAAUCUGCUUUUUUAACAUAGAUUUGGGUAUGUGUAAAUAAAAUAUCAAUAGUAAACAUAAUUGGGCGUUUGUCAAAAUAAUGAGCAGAUUUUAUUUGAAUUUUAUUAAAUUUGAUGAAUUGUAUCAUAAAUUAAAUAUUAUAAUAUCCAUUGGGUCAAUGGAUACAUUUUGAUACGUAAUCUCAUUAAUGCAGAAAAUACUUGGUUUUUAGGAUAAAUCUUGUUCUUUUCUCAAAACUGUUCUUUUUUUCUCAUUCGAAAAAAAGUGAUUUUUGAAUCAAAUACGAAUGAAUACAGACCGCAAAUGGUAAAAAAGCGCAUUAGUUGAUUGCAUUAGCGUGAUUAGUUGUUAAGUUUUUGCAGUUAAGUCGCUUAUUAUAUUAUUAUUGAAAAUAAUAAGGAGAAAAUGAUAAGAAAAAAUAUGUUUUACUUAAGGUAUGUUAAAUUUAACGCAAUCAUUUUCAUAAAAAAAUACAAAAAAAAAAUCAUUUUCACAUUUUCUUAUCUUACAAUAUGUAUGACAAAUUUAAAAUAAAAAAUACGCCUAAUAAAGAAGUUUGCCAAAAAAAUCCCUACACAAAGCUUACAUAUUUUGCCACGCUUAUUAAUCAAAGGUGUUAGUUUCUGCGUUAGGGACUUUGGAAGCUGGAAAUCUUCUUUCUUCUUGUAUACAGACUAAGUCAAGCCCACAAAUAAUAUGUAAAAUCUCAAAGAGAGCAAAUCUUGUAAAAUAAAUAAAAUAAAAAAUAUUUAACGAAA